GAUGGCGGCGAGUGGGGAGAGGGCGCCCAGUUGGCCAGGUGCUGCCGCCGCGUCGAGUUCGGCGCUAUAGCUAAACUAAAUACGCAGUGUUGUACAUUUAGAACGUUCACAAUGGCUACCGCGAAAGACACGUCUACUUUCUUUCUGGAGGCAGAUGCAAAAGAUUUUGACAGUGUUUUAAAGUUAUACCCACAAGCGAUUAAACUAAAAGCUGAACUGAAAACAAAGAAACCCGAUGAGCUCAUAAAAUUGGACAAUUGGUACCAGAAUGAAUUACCAAAGAAGAUUAAAUCCAGAGGCAAGGACGCGCACAUGGUUCACGAAGAGCUGGUACAACUCAUGAAAUGGAAACAAGCGAGAGGAAAAUUUUAUCCACAAUUAUCAUAUCUGAUAAAAGUUAACACGCCGAGGGCUGUAAUGGCAGAGACGAAGAAGGCGUUCCGAAAGCUGCCAAACAUUGAGUCAGCGAUGGCGGCGUUAAGUAAUCUGAAGGGGGUGGGUACCGCUACCGCGUCAGCUUUACUGGCGGCUGCCAGCCCAGACAUCGCUCCCUUCAUGGCCGACGAAUGUGUACAGGCGAUCCCAGAAAUGGAAGGAAGUGACUACACUGCCAAGGAAUACCUCAAUUUUGUAAACCAUAUAAGGAAAGUCUGUGAUAGGUUAAAUAAGGAACAAAACGGCUGUGGCAACAAGUUUUCCCCGCACAUGGUGGAGCUAGCGUUAUGGACGCACCACAUAGUGUCGGACUUACAGCCAGAACUGCUGGGUAAGGAGCCCCGGACCGCGGCGCCGGCUAACGGCGGCUCCCCCCUGCCCAGCGACGAGAGCAACCUCGAACCACCCUCCACUAAUGGCAACGGUAAAUUAGGUGCAGACUCAGUGAACGAGGACACGACGACGUCGUGCACAGAGGACUCCAUGGACGCGAAGGCGGCGUCCCCCGCGACCCCCGCCACUCCCGCCUCCCCCUCCGACAACUCCGACUCCGCCUUCAGUACGCCGCGCGCCAAACGGCAAAUAGAGGAGGCGAGCUCAGCAGAAGAGAACUCCUUGGGUGACUCAUCAGACGCGUCCGCGCUACCUAUCGCUAAGAAACUUCGAAAAGCUACACACUGACAUCCGCGCACUCCCACCAAGCGACCCUCGUGCGCCUAUAAAUAGCUUUCUAGACUAAAAUAUUGUACCUAGGUAAUUUAUUUUUCAAUUCCGAUUAAUUUUAACUUAGCGUUAAGUUUAAGAAUACCGGUCGAUUUUGUAAGUUUUAUAGGGUAUCGAUAUUUGGGCGCGUACCGAGUGGUCGGACGCGCUCGGGAGAAUGAGAUUGUACAAUAUGUCGAUGUGAGUGUAUCCUCGGACUGGCCCACGAGGGGCCUAGCGUUAGGUUUCGUUUGUAAUAAUUUUAACGUUCGAACGUUCGCAUCCAGCGUGACAUUCCAAUAAUUGUAAAGUAUCGGCGGCGAGGGCGCAGGGCCGUCGCCGCGGAGAGAUCCGGACCAGAUGCCUUGACGAGGCCGCCAGGCCGCCAUUCACACCAUUGCCUUAUGACACAGUCUGCCCGCAGAGUUUAUAUGCAACAAGAUAAUACAAAGGUCGUGUUACCCGGGCGCCGGGCACACGGGCCCACAUGUAGUUUUUAUUGAACAAAUAUAAGAUAUUAAUUUUAUAA